CCUAGCGUCAGAGCGAUGCAGGGCGGAGGCGUCUCCGGAUUCCAGAACGCGCCGGUGACGCGGGCCCUCGUCCUCGCCAGUGGCCUCCUCUCCAUCGUCUUCAGCGCAAACCGCCGCGCCCGCGCCCUUGGCCUCUCUUACCAGGACAUUAUCAAAAACUUUCGAGUAUGGAGGAUAUUUGCAUCUGGUUUUGCCUUUCAGUCAACACCAGAAUUGAUGUUUGGACUAUACCUUCUGUAUUACUUCCGUGUGUUUGAGAGGCAGAUAGGCUCUAACAAAUACUCGGUAUUUAGUUUAUUCACAAUCACAGUGUCAUUACUUCUUGAGAUUCUAUCCUUGGUUCUUCUGAAAGAUACAAAUUACAUCAGCACUCUUGCAUCUGGACCUUAUGGCCUUAUAUUUGCCUCAUUUAUUCCUUUCUUCCUCGACAUUCCAAUCACGUCACGAUUUCGUAUUUUUGGUGUUAAUUUCAGUGACAAAUCAUUCAUAUACCUUGCUGGCCUGCAGCUUCUUUUGUCUUCUUGGAAGCGCUCCUUUAUUCCUGGCAUUUGUGGUCUGAUUGCUGGUUCGCUCUAUCGUCUCAAUGUGCUUGGUGUUCGCCGGAAGAAGCUGCCACAGAUUAUUGCAGCAUUUUUCACAAGAUUUUUUGCAUCUCCUUCCGGAAGUUCAUCUCGGCCCUCAAGAAGUCUUGUUGGGAACAUGCCAUCGCAUACAGGUCGUGCUGUUCAGAAUCAGCCGUCUACUGGAUUUGCUCCUGUCGUGGAGCCCCCAGAGUCCUCCAUUGCUAUGCUGGUUUCGAUGGGCUUUGAUAGCAAUGCUGCGAGACAAGCGCUUGUGCAAGCCAGAAAUGAUAUCAAUGUAGCCACAAACAUCCUACUUGAAGCGCAGUCUCAUUGAGCUAACUCACCGCAACUUUACUAGGAACCGCUGCGGGCAUAGUUGGUUAGAUCUGAAUCUGAACGAUUGUUCCCUGCACUGGAUACAGAUUGGUGAACUUAUAGUGCUAUGCUGAAUUUACGCACUUGCCGCUUUCAUGGUCUGGAGAAGUUCAACAUGGCCCUUCCUAGUUGACAGGCUUAGGAACUCAGGAGACGUCUGCCGCAGCUAGUGUGAUCUUGUCAAUACUUAGAGGUCUCUCAACUCGGAGGCAAUGUACAAUUCCAAAUUCAGCUUGUAGGAUGGGUGAUACAUAAACAUUUCAAUCAUAGUGUAAAAUUGUUUUGCGGUC